UUUAGACUUGUGGAGUAGGGUGUGUAAUAAAUUACAUAUCUAUUCUUAUUGCUAAAUCUAUUUUAUAUAAAUUUUGAUAUUUAUAAGUAUACACUAGAUGGUGUUAGUAGCUAUGUUAAAAGUGAGAAGGUUCGAGCUUCAAUUAUCACACGUUCGUUUGAUAUUCUGUAUAAUCUUAAUUCGUGGUAGUGGUUCAUGUUAUUUGUGAAGGAAACAAAAUUAGUUUUACAUGGUUACCACCAUGGUUUAUCUAUAACCGUGGUUACUAUUUAUUACUUGGUACUUUUCUAGUUCAGUAGUUCCCGUGUUCGGUAUUCUUGUCUAUGGUUCAUUGGUUCGGACGAUUUUGUUGUUCAGAUAUAGCUAAAUCGUAAUUUCGGCCUUCAAUCUCAAGUGCUAGUUGCUUCGUUUACACUUAUUCAAACAUUUGUAUCAUUUUUAUCGUAAGUAUAUUACUUAAAAAUAUUACAAUUUGUUGUAUAAUAUUGAGAGUGAACAUUGAAUUAUAAUUCACUCAUAUUUUGUGUUAAUAAUGAUGUAAAUUAUUGAUUAAGUGGGGAUACAAAGAAGAAUCAUAAUUUGUUGUAUACAUACCUAGUAAUAAAAUAAAACAGUAAGUAUUUCACAUACCUACUAUAGGUACUCUUCAAAAUAAUUAAAAUUUAUUUUAUUUAUAUACAUGUAGCGAUGGCAAUAAUUGAGGGAUUUGGUGAUGAAGUAAUACAGUUUUUUGGCAUACUGUUUAUUGUGGUAUUGAUUAUAUUAAUAUGGAUGUCUACACAAGUUGUCGAUACUCAACUAUUUCGCGGUGCUGCUGUUUUCAUAUUAGAAAGACGUUCAACUCGACAUACAAUUGAUAUGACACUUGAACAAAGAUUGACACAAUCUAAUGCUUCUGUUCCAUCUAUAAGUAUGUGUAUAAUAUUUCAGUCUUGUCAUUUUUCAUAUAAUAGUGUAACCAUUUUCUACUUGUACUGUUCAAUCAUUUGAAUAGCUUUAAAUUUAUGUUAUGCAUAAUUCCAGUAGCACAGUUUGGUACUUAUCAAAAUUCUUAACAACAUGGUAGGGUAUAGGCCUUUACACAGGGACCAUAGGAUAUGGAAUUCCUACUUCUGAUUAAUUCAGGAAGGCCAGUAAACACAUACUAAGGCUGCCUGUCCCUGAUGUAUUUAUUAAUUUAAAUUUAAAUUUGAAUAAAUCAAUUUUUUAAACAAAGGAGUGGAUUAAGCAGUGAAGUAAUCAAGAAAAGUAUUAGUAUGGCUUAGUAGGGCUAAAUGGGUACCAAUUAUUGUUGCCAAUAUGUUCUACAUAUACAUUUCUAUACUCACUGAUUAAACUAAUCAUUAAUUGAUUUAAUAUGUUCAAAAUCUAUACAAGCCCAUAAAUGCUACAGAUCCAGUUAGUUUUUUUUAUUGGUGUGGUACUGUUUUAUAUAUUUAAUCAAUAUUUUAUAUCUAUGUUGAUGAUAAGUGAAUAAUCCGAGUUGAUCACCUGCAAGACUAUACUCGAAUUCUCUCUUAUCAUCAAUGUAAAUAUUGAGUAAAUGCAUUAAAUAGCACCACACAUCUGUAAAAAAGCCCUCCAGAUCAAUUUUAAGUAUUUAUAGUCUUGAGAAAUCUUAUUUCAAUCUAAUAUAUAUAUUUUUUUUUUAAUUUUCUAGAAAAUCCAAUUAUUAUGUUAAGUAGAAUAAUUUUAUUAUAUCUGGAAAUGGAAGAAGUUUGUUUUGCAGCCAUUAGUCUUAAUUAAAUCUGAUAAAAAAAUAACUUUUUUAAUUUAAAAAUUAAUAUUUAUAACAAUAACGGGUAUUAAAUGGAGAAAUUAGAUAAUGAAAGUAGAUAAGAAAAUAAAUAUAAUAUGUGGGCACUAUGCAAUUAAGGAAUGGCUAUAGUUGAAAUUGAAUAUACAUUUUCCAAGACUUUCAACAGUAAAGCUAAUAGUGGGAUAAUAUAAGAUUUCUAAUCAUUGAGUAUUUUAUUUAAAUCCUCUGGUUGUUCGAUUGUUAGUUGGUGAUGUGUUACCUCGGCAUAUGAUCAUUGAAUGAAAGUAUCAAGAUUACAAAGCUGAUUAGGAGGAGCUGGUAUUAAGAUAGAAUGAAGAGGUAACUUCUUUAUAUGGUGUUUUUAUUUGGGGCAUCCUUUAUAAGAAGCUGUAUAGGUCCCUGCACAAAGUGAGCAUUUGACCAGGAACUUGCAGUCUUUGGUGCAAUCCAUGGAUGAAUGAUCUUUCCCACACUUAACACAGCAGAGUAGAAAGUGUAAUACUUUUUGGUAUGACCAAGUAAAUGAAAAUUAUAACACUGAGGCAGCCUAUGAUUUUUUUUUUUUAUUGUUUUAUCAGUAUGUAGAAGUGAAGGAAUAUUGAAAAUAUCUUUAUUGUUGCUAUUUUUGUCGAGUUCCACCAAAAAAAAUAGCAGAGGUGAUUUGUUUUUUUAAAUAUUUUCAAUAUGUCUGACUGAGUGACCUAAAUCACUCAAUGCAUUAGUGAUUUUGACGCUGAGUGUGGAAUGGUGCAAAUUCUAAUUACCCUAAAACAGCGUUUUGCAUAGCAUAUAAUAUUUUUUUUUUUUUAUUUUUUUUGAAUCAUAUAUUUAUUUAUAUAAUCUGUAAAUAUAUAUAUUUUUACAAUAAGUAUAAGUGAGAUAAGUAGAGGUUGGAUUGCAGUCUUGAUUGAAGAAUCCAUCCAGUGAUGGAGCUUCAUGGCAGAGGUUGGCUUUUAGUCAUUUAUAAGGUCCCGGCACCAUUGGCGUUUUAAACGUCUUCUUGGAUCACCAGGGAUAAUAUGAGUAUGUAAAUUUGAGACAAGAGGGUUGCGGUGAUUGGAUAGAUUUGAGUGAAAGCAUUUGUAGGAAAUUUUAGCUACUUCUUUUACUGUUGGAAUUGAGAGGUCGUUAUGAAGUGUUUCAUUUGAAAUAUAAUAGGGAGCUUUGGUUAUUUGAUGGAAGCAUUUAGAUUGGAACGUUUGGAUUUUAUUUAGAUUUGAGAUUUUGGCUGAACCCCAAAGUUGUACACCACACGACCAUAUAGGUUUCAAGAGAAGUUUGUAAAUGAGUAUUUUAUUUUUUAGAUUAACGUGUUUAGAAGUUAGGAGGAGUCGCAGCUGUCGUGAUCGGUUGUUGAGAGUAAUUCGCUUAGUAUGGAUAUGAUGUGCCUAGGUUAGUCGACGGUCAAGAUGGAGGCCUAGAUAGCGAAUAUUUUGUGUGGGAGGGAUGGGUAUAUUAUUGAGAGUUAUGGUCGGGCAGUUUGAAUGUCUUAAUGUGAAAGUGCAGUGAGCAGAUUUUGAUUCAUUCAUCUUAAUACCCCAUUCCUUGUACUAUGUUUGUAAUAGGUUUAGAUGUGAUUGGAGCAUAUAAUAUGAAACUAUAUAUAUAUAAAAUAUAUGAAACUCCGAGUCUUUGUUAUUUAGGUGUUCAGUAAUUAAUUUAAAAUGAUGGUAACUAUUCAGAUAAACAACUUGGAACGAUGGUGUGGUUUUAAAGGAGAAACCAUUUAUACCAGAGAGACUAAGUAAAGUCUUUUCGAAUGAAGAAAAGUUAGUAAUGUUUUUGAUAUAAAGAAGGGGAGCUCGGACUGGAACACUUGAAUAUUGAUCUUGAAGUUGUUGCUCACGGUCAACAGCCUUACUGUUAUACUGUUAACUGGCAAAGUAAAUACAUUAACAUCUGCAAUAACUUCAAUGUCUACAUUCACAGAAAGGACAGUGAAGCGGUUUGGAGAACUGAACAUUUUGGAUUUUUUGUCAUUCUGCUUGGGCGAUUUAGAUGUGGACAACAAUUGACGUUUGUUAUUCGACAUGAGCGCAAUCGGGAAUGUCAAUUUAUGCAGCAUGCAUAUGCAAACCUGAUGACAAGUUAUCAAACUAUAAAGUUCUUGGGACUUUAGUAAUAAUAAAUAUGUCAAAAAAUUGCUCGCUGCUUCUGACUCAAAACUGCUCACUUCCAAUUCCAUAAUUAACAAUUAUAAUUUUAAAAAACAAUCUUAAAGCUUGUAGUUCAUCAAAGUAAAUUCUAUAAAUAGUUGACAUUUUAGUUUAAAUGUACAUUUUGUUGUUGAAAUUUUAAAUUUCUGUCAACCUGUUGUAUUUCAUAUACCAAUCUGAAUUAUUUAUACCUAUUAAGCUUAUUAUUUUGAUAUUAUUAUUACUCAUAAGUUUAGAGUCCUAAUAUUAAAUAUGUAUAUUUAUAUAUAUAUAUUAUUCUAUACUUAGAGCUAUGAUCUAUUCUGCUAUAAAAUAAUUGGUCAACAUAAUUAAAAAUGUUAUUAAUAACUAAUAAUAUUUUCCUACAUUUGAGUAAAAAUGUAAUAAAUUUUUGAAUUUUAUCACUUAUUUAGGUGAAAAUCCACCAACUGAGAUUGUUCCUACAAAUGCUGAUAUUCAAACAAAUUCAUCUAUAAACAAUGAUAAUCCUCAAGAUAAAAAUGAAAAUUCUAGUUCUACAGAAAAUGAUGUAGCUGAAAGGGAAUCAACUAUGCAGUCUAAUGAGUUAAGUCAAAGCACUAAUGAUUCUUCAAACGAUCAACAAGUAUAUGAAGAUUCUAUCAAAAUACGGCUUAAGUAUUUAAAUGAUAACUGUCGUUUAGUCGAAGGCAGACUUCAAGAAAAUAUCGGUGUUUUCAAAAGGUAUAUUAAAAAUUAUUAUGUAAUAAACAUAUGAAACAAUUUUCCCUUUUAUAUAAUCAAUUUUAUUUCAUACCUGUUACGAUGUACACAAAUUAAAAUCAAUUAUGUUAUAAUUGUUUUAGGAGACACUUUAGCAAUGAGUUAUCAUCAGAUAAAAUUAUUCGUUUAAUAUUUCAAGGAAAAGUAUUACAUGAUGAUGAAGCAACACUGAGUAGUUAUGGACUUCAUGAUAACUGUGUUGUGCACUGUCUUAUACAUCAGCCACGCCCUACCACAAAUGCUCAGCAAACCGAUGACUCUGUGGAAGACGAUAUUAUUGAUCACCCACCAACAUUAUUACCAAAUAUAAUACGACGGCGUCAUCGUCAACGUCAACCUGGACCUGUUCAACGCGAAUGGAAUUUGGCAACAUUAUUAUCUGCUUUAAUAACAGUGAUAAUAUCUUUACUUUGGUACGCGAGAAUUCACUUUUACACAUUGUUCUCAUAUACAUCUACCGGUACAUUAGGGAUAUUGACUGGUAUUUUUAUUUUCACUGCUAUUCUCACUUUUUUGGUGGAUAACGAGGAUCACCAACAAUAUCAGCCACAAGUUAGACAGUAAUAUGUUAUUACGCUAUGUUUCAAUACAUAUAAUAAAAAUGAAUAUGAAAUGUUGGUCUCAAAAUUGAUCAUAGUAAAGUAUUUGUAUAACUACAUAGUUCUUGUUUAAAAUACAUGUUUUGUUUUAUUAUACAAAAGAUAGAAAAAUCAAUUAAGUAAAAAAUAAUAGUUGAUCUUUUGAUACGUUCUGUAUUCUGUUAUUUAUUUUAUUAGAAACUAUUGACUUAAGUUUAUUAUACAUUUGUGUAUUAUGUAUUUUAAAAUGUAUGCAUUUGCUUUAAAUAAUUUUUUUUUCCCACUAUUUAAACAAAAAAGAAAUCUUGAAUCAAUUUGUUAUUGAUUCGAUUCAUUUUUACAUAUUUAUUAAAUUUUAAAGUAAAAAAAGUUUAGUUAUUUUUUUCUUUUUGGUGUAGUUGCAUUAAGUACUAUCUCAUAAAAAUAUAAAAUUUAAUUUUUAUAGCUUGUCUAAUUUGUGAAUGACAUGUAAUACCUUUAUACAAAACAGUAGUUUUGUAGAUUUUUAAAUUAAUUAAUUAAUUUAACGAAUAGUAGAACUUUUACUUAUAUAAUAUAAAAUUAGUUUAUUAAUAGUUAAUUGAUGUAUUUUUAACUAUGUACUAAAAAACAUUUAAGUAAUAUCAUUAAUAUUCAAUUUAUUAUAAUGGAUACAUUAAGAAAUCAAUUAGAAUAAUUCUAUUGGCUUAAACAGUUAAUAUUUAUAUAGAUAUAGUCAUAUUUAAAUAUAAGUGUCAACUUACCAGUUAUCUAAGAAUAGAAAUAAUAUUUAUUCUUUAAAACAAUAUAAUAAGAUUUACCAUAUUAUAUAUUGAAUAUAAUUACAAUUAGUAAUAGUAAUAUUUUAUUUUAAAUUUGUAAAAUUCAUAGUGACUUAGUUAUAAUAGUUUAUACUAAGAAAAUACUACAGAUUAAGUCAUUAUAAGCAAUGUAUUUAGUGAACAUUUAUCAAAAAGUAAAUAAUAUUUGAAUUUUAAAACUCAGUCAUUUAAAUCAAAUUAUAAACAAAUUGGUAAAAGUUGGUAUUAUGUGAAUUUAUAAUUCAAGUAUAAAUUUUAUCUCCGACAUUAUGAAAUAACAAUACAACAGUCCGUGUGUUUUGAUUUACAGCUAUAUAAGCAAAACUAAAUGGUACAGAUUUUAUAUUUUCUUUGGGAAAUAAAACAGUAUCAUUCGAGUCAAAAGCUGUGACUUUGUAAAUCUUGGACGAGAUUUGUAUCUUAGAACUAGUAGACUUUUCCACACUGAAAUAUUAAUAUUUGAUUAAACAUUUUUUAAAAUAUACAUAUAAGUUAUUUAUUAAUAUUAUGUAUUUCUCUAACGUGAGUAGAUCUUUGUAAACAUAUUUUGUUGCAUUCAAAUAUGGUUCAAUCACUAUGUCAUCUUGACACCAUUGCCCACCAAUUACAAAAUGUUGGAGUAGUCUAAACACAAACUCUGCGCGCUCAUCUUCUUCAUAUAAAAAAUAUUCACUGCAUUCGCCUUCAAACAACAUCUAAACAUAUUAAUUAAUCGUAUGUUAGGUUAUUUGUAAAUGUUUAUUAUAAAAAAUACAAGAGCUCAUAAGUAUUGCAC